CUCCAGGGACGUGUCAGUGCCGGCCCAGCGGGAUUCGGGCUCGGUUCCCCUCGCUGAGGGCACCCCGGUGCGGCUCUCGGUGCUCAGCAUGUCCCAGGCCACUUGCUGCCAGAUAUGGACAGACACCCAGAGAGAGCUGGACGCCAUGCUCCAGAGAGAGAGAGAGGAGUUCCUGCAGCCCCAGGAGGACCCUGAGCAGGUGAUGAAGAUGCUGGCCACUGCCUACGUGCAAUACCUGGCGAUCCUGAGGAAGCUGGACGAGGCCCACGCCCCCCUGAUCCACCAGCAGAAGCGGGCGGCGGUGCGGCACGCGCUGGACGGCGUCAUGGGCCGCAUCCUGGAGAUCAAGGGAGAGAUGGUGGCCCUGGAGAAAUCCGAGUGCCACUCCAUGGCUGCCAUCCUGAUGGAGCUGCAGCGUGUCCCGGAAGACAUAGAAAUACCCAUCCCAAAGUAUUUCAUUAAAGAAAACCUGGGAAUCCUGCAGUACAGGGAGAAGUAUCUGCAUGAGAUUUUGCUGAAUGCUGGUUUGCUGGAACAGGAAGCUGUCAGAGCCAUGACACUCGAGGAGGGCAUUCGAGUGAUCCAGGUGGCAGAACGGGCUCGCCAGGGCCGCGCUCGAGCAGCCUUCAUGAGGAGAAUUUACCUUGAAGAGAAAAGGCAAAGUAAAAAACAGGAGCAAACGAUGGCUAAAAGUCCAGAUGAUGCUGCCACUUGCAUUCAAAAGGUCUGGCGUGGGCACAGGCAGCGCAGGGAAACAGAGAGGCUGAGAGAGGAGGAGAUGAUAUUUCUGGGCAUGAGCCUGCCUCCUGAGUUGGAGGUAAUGAUCAGUUUGCAGAAAACAAAUGUCCUGGAAGGUGAAGUCCAGGAAAGAGCAAACUUCUCCUUCAGGCAUGAGCUGAGGGCAGCAGAGGGGCCCCACAUCAAAGAAACCUUCCAGGACGAGAUCACCCAGUGCUUCCUCGAGUGCAGGCAUAUCACAGGCAGGUUUCCUGACUAUCCCCCUGAGAAGACAGGCGGUUCCAAGGCUUUAUUCCUGAGUCUGAGGACAGCAGAACAAAUCGUUGAGGAGCUGGCUGCCAAAAAGGCAAAGGCAGAGGCAGAGAAAAAUGAAAAGGAUAAGAAGGUAAAAGAAGCCAAGGAACCUGCCCCAGAGAAAAAGCCACAAAAAGUUGAAAAGCAGGUAGUGGAUGAAGGCUGGAAAAUGGGUCCAAGCAAUUUCCUUUCGAUGCUGGAGGAAGGAAGCUCUCAGUACCAAGUGUUUUGGGAGAACAGAGAACACAAAUCAGAUUUUCUCCAGGACCAUGACCCAGAGCUGAUCAAAGCAGGGGAACGGGAAGAAGUGGAGGAGGAGAUCAGAGUGCAGGUCGAUGAAGUGAUGGAGGAGAAGCUGCUGAGGGUCAAAGAGGUUGUGGAUGGAGAGACAGGUCCAGGUCAGGUCAAAGCUGUUAAAGAGAAGACAAGCAAAACACCUGUGAAGAAGAAGAUAUCCGAGCUGGAGAAAGAUCUGACACCUGACAGGACCAUUGAUUCCCUGUACCAGCAACUUGCAGAAGAAAGAUUGCUCAUCCAAGUCAAGAAUGUGAAUCUCUCUGACUACAUGGGCUACGACGACUGUGUGAGGAGCCUCCUUCGUGAGACAGGGGCCCAGCCCCUGCCCUCCAUCCCAGAAGUCAGGCAGCUCGUGGCACUCUAUGGAAUACUGCCCUUGGGUUCCCAAACUGUCCAUGAGAAUGCUCCUCUGGUGAAAUCCCUGUUGCUGGCAGGACCUGCAGGUGUUGGAAAGAAAAUGUUGGUCCAUGCCAUCUGCACAGAAGCAGGAGCCAACCUCUUCAGCCUCACUCCUUCCAACACUGGGAAGUAUCCAGGCAAGGAUGGCCUCAUCAUGGUGCUUCACAUGAUUCUCAAGGUGGGCAAGGAAUUGCAGCCUUCAGUGGUGUGGAUUGGAGACACUGAGAGAAUAUAUUCCAAAGGGGCAACGAAGGGAGAAGAAGAGGUGAACUUCAAACGCCUGGCCAGGCUCCUGCCCCAGUUCCUGAGGGCUCUGAAACCCAAGGACAGGGUUCUGCUUGUGGGCACCACCAGGAGACCCUUUGAUGCCAAUCCGGGACCUUUCUGCAAAGUCUACCAGAAAAUCAUUCUCGUCCCAAAGCCUGACUACCUGACAAGAUUUGCCCUGUGGAAGCACUACAUCCUGCAGUGUGGUGGGGUCCUCACCAAGCUGCUGAACCUCAACUGCCUGGCCCAGGUGUCAGAUGGCUUCACCCAGGGCCACGUUGUGGACGUGGUGCACACUGUGCUGACUGAGCUGAGGCUGCUGCAGAUGGCCAGGAAGCCCCUGAGGACUGCUGAGUUUGUCACUUCUCUGGCCAGACACGACCCAGUGUACAACGAGGAGGAAGAAGCGUUCCAGGCCUGGUAUGCCAAGACCCCGCUGGGGAAAGCGUGGAAUGCAGCACGGGAAACAGAUGAAGAC